AUGUCUCAUGUUGAUAAUCAGCAGUCCCGUUGGCAAGCUCGAACGGGUAGUAGUGGUGGUGAACGUAUGUGUUGGAUAUGCUACUCAAUAGAACGCGAAGAUAGUCCCGAACAGCAAUGGAUUCAUCCCUGUCGUUGUCGCGGUUCCUCCAAAUGGGUCCAUUUGGGCUGUCUCCAGAGGUGGCUCGACGAAAAACAGCGUUUAGACUCCUCUCUUCCUCUCACUUGUCGAAUUUGUGGCUACGAAUAUGCGGUUGAAUAUCCCCCUGCCGACCCUCUAUUGGUCGCCUUGUCAGCAGUUGACGCUGCGUUAGAUGUUUCUUCGAGUUACGUGUUCGUAGGUGCUCUGCUAGGGAGUCUGUAUUGGACAGCGGCAACAUUUGGUGCCAUCACGGUGGUACAGGUCUGUGGGCAGGAUGCUGGAAUCGCAGUAAUGGAACGCGCUGACUCGAUGACUCUCCUCAUAGGCCUUCCCGCAAUCCCUAUCGGUCUCAUUACUGUCCAUCUCUUUGAUUGGCAAUCCUGGCUUUUGAAAAUCUGGCGAAAUCACGCCUACAAGAUUCCCCUAGUUCAACACUGCCUUCCAAAAGGUUGCCUUUAUCAUGUUUGCCUCUCACGUUUGGAAGAGACAGGAGAUUCAAACACAAAUCUCACAGUCACUCGUGUUCUCUUUAAUGCCCUCGCUCUUCCGACUUUCGCCGUAUUUUUUGGACGUACUCUCUUCGGACACGUUCGUUCACGAGUACUUCGAGCUCUUGCGGGUGGACUAUUCUACACGGGCUUUACGGGUUUCCUGCAGAUGUAUCAACGAGAGAUGAAUUUCCUUCGAAAAUGUCGAAGACGGAUCAAGGAAUACCAGGAGGAGGAGGAGGAGGAGGAGGGAGGGGGGAACCACAAGGCAUAA